GCUGCGCCGGCCAGGCGGGGAGGGGGGGGGUCACGGCGGCGGCGUGGGGUUCGCUGUGUGACACAAUUACAACAACUUUGUGCUGGUGCCGGGGAAGUUUGUGUCUCCUACGAAUCCCCCCAGAGCUCCCGAACCCCGCGCGCUCCGGCCAUUCCCGCCGUCCCCGCCCGUGGCUACCCCCUGCCCGCCCCCGCGAUGUGACCCUACAGCCGAGCAGUCUCCGCUACCCGACCCAGUGGUCCGCAGCCCCUGCCGCCGCUGCCUUCACCGCUUUGGGAUUUUUCGCCGCCGCCUUUCGCGGCGAAGGAGGAAGCGGAGAUAAAGUUGGUGUGCCGGUCCCGUGCGGAGAUCGGGGGCGUCGUUGCGGGCCCCGGCCCGGGGAGGGGGGGUGUCGGCGUUGGAGUUGUGAAUUCGCUGCGUUUCCAUGAAAUCCUGCGGAGUGUCGCUCGCUACCGCCGCCGCUGCCGCCGCCGCUUUCGGUGAUGAGGAAAAGAAAAUGGCGGCGGGAAAAGCGAGCGGCGAGAGCGAGGAGGCGUCCCCCAGCCUGACAGCCGAGGAGAGGGAGGCACUCGGCGGACUGGACAGCCGCCUCUUCGGGUUCGUGAGGUUUCAUGAAGAUGGCGCCAGGACGAAGGCCCUCCUGGGCAAGGCUGUUCGCUGCUAUGAAUCUGUAAUCUUAAAAGCUGAAGGAAAAGUGGAAUCUGAUUUCUUUUGUCAAUUAGGCCACUUCAACCUCUUAUUGGAAGAUUAUCCAAAAGCAUUAUCUGCAUACCAGAGGUACUACAGUUUACAGUCUGACUACUGGAAGAAUGCUGCCUUUUUAUAUGGUCUUGGUUUGGUCUACUUCCAUUACAAUGCAUUUCAGUGGGCAAUUAAAGCAUUUCAGGAGGUGCUUUAUGUUGAUCCCAGCUUUUGUCGAGCCAAGGAAAUUCAUUUACGACUUGGGCUUAUGUUCAAGGUGAACACAGACUAUGAGUCUAGUUUAAAGCAUUUUCAGUUAGCUUUGGUUGACUGUAAUCCCUGCACUUUGUCCAAUGCUGAAAUUCAGUUUCACAUUGCCCACUUGUAUGAAACACAGGCAUCAUAA